AUGGUGGAAGUCUUCAUCGACUCGGGGUCUGAGCUGAAUUUGAUAACUACUGAAACAUGGAAGCAGAUGAAAGAUCAACGGGUCGUUGUGUCAAAUUGCAAAAAGGGUUCCGACAAGAUUCUUAAGGCCUACGGAAGUACGAAACCGCUUCAUAUUCUUGGUACUUUUGAAGCCAAAGUUGAAAUAGGAAAACAAUCAGCUAAUGCGAUUUUCUUCGUUGUCGACGGCGGGCAAAGGAACUUACUCGGAGAUGUUACAUCUAAGAGACUGGGCAUCCUCAAGAUCGGUUUGGGAGUGAAUGCAAUCACGGAUACCGAAGAAUUGCAACGUUCACCAUUUUCUAAAAUUUCUGGAGUCAAAGUUCGUAUUGAAAUGGAUCCCAAUGUGAAACCAGUGUUUCAACCUCUUCGACGUAUACCCAUCCAUUUGGAGAGCGCCAUUAACGAAAAAUUGGAAGAGUUACUACCACGUGAUAUCAUUGAGGUUAAACGUGGCCCUGCGACGUGGGUAUCCCCACUGGUGGUAGCGACCAAAGCAAAUGGUACAAUAAGGUUGUGUAUCGACUUGAGACGCGUUAAUCAGGCAGUGGUUCGAGACCGUCAUCCAAUGCCGGUUAUUGAGGAGGUUAUUGCGAAAGUCGGCAAGGGCAGAGUAUGGAGCGUCCUGGAUGUAAUGGAUGCUUUCUUCUUAUUGGAACUUGAAGAAGAUUCGAGAGAUAUCAUGACCUUCAUUACCCACCGGGGAUUAUACAGGUUCAAACGCUUGCCUUUUGGACUUGUAUCCGCACCAGAAAUUUAUCAGCGUAUCAUGGAUGAGAUAUUGGUAGACUGUGAGGGUGCAUACUGCCCAAGUAACCAUUAA